ACUCUACUGUCUACCUAACACUUACGUGCUUGGUUUGUAACAAGUUUUUUCAUAGACUGGUUUCAUUGAUGUAUUGAAAAUUAAUUAAAGCCGUGCGUAAUUACACAUCUCUUGUGCUGGGGCUCAAUAAAACCCUAUAAUGUGAGCACUUUAAAAAAUUUCUGGCGCCUCGAUUAUGUAUAAACCAGCAAUCUUUAUGAUAUCUCUCCCUCCCCUGCCCGCCCCCUGCCAUAUUUUGCAGGAGUCAUCAGAGGAAGACCUCACAGUGCAAGGCAGCGACAGUUCCGAUGAUAGUGAGGAGGAGAUUGAUGACUCAGCAAGUCUGGCCUCCAGCGUAGCUGACCUAUCAUCCGAGAUCAACCUAAAGGAGCAGCUGGUGGACCAACUGGAGAAGGCCCAGACCAACCUCCACGUCAUGAGGCAGCAGUACGAGGAAAAAAUGUCACUGCUCCAGACCCAAAUCAAGAACAUCGAGUCUGAGAGAGACAAAGUCCUCAAGGACAUCGCCUCGAAGCGAUCUCAGUCAGGAGGGGUCAGCAGUAAAGACGUGAAGGCCAGAUAUGAGAAGCAGCUGGGAGGGCUGAGGGGAGAACUGAAGACACUGAAAAUGGCCAAGAAGGAGCACUCCAAGGCCCUGAAGAAGAAUGCCCAGAAUGAGAAUGAGCUGAGGAGACUGAAGGCUGAUCUCCUGGAGAUGAAGAAGGCAAGAGUCAAACUCCUCAACCAAAUGAGGGCCGAGGCCUCUCGUAAGAAACAGGAGGAGGCGAGGCAUACGAGACAUGUCUCACAACUGAAGAAAGAGAGUACGAAGAAGGAACACAAAAUACAGUCUCUGGAGGCCGACGCACAGAGGAAAGCCAUCAUCAUGAAGAGGAGAGCUGAUGAGUUGGCGUUGCUACGGAGACAGACAAGAAUGCGGCACUCGGCCAGUAAUUCUUCCCUGUCCUCCACCUCUUCCUCCUCUUCACAUCCCCACCCCUCACACCCUCUCUCGUCUCACAGCUCUGCGUCGGGCGGAGUGGGUGUGUCUGGGGAGGCGGAGUCAUCGGAGACGACGUCGGUGGUGUUUCGGGACCGCCCGUCUGUCAAGACUCUGGCGACCAAGUUUGAGAGGAAUAGCAGUCAUCGCAAGUCGUCCGUCUUCACCUCAACCAGCGCCAGGAAGAAAUGGAGGAACUUUGAGAAGAAGAUCACGGAUGCCAUAAUGAACAGACUGACGGUGGCCACACUGUCCAAGGACAUGGACCGGUGGAUCGAGAAGAGGGACCGGCUGUCUCGCCGCGCGGACGAACUCCGCUAUCACCGGUCGCACCUUCUGAAGGAAUCGUCUCCCGACCCGGAGGAGCUACAGAGCAUAGAGGAGGACCUGGACUCUCUACUGGCCAACGUGGAAUACAUUCAGAGCAACAUUGUGGAGCUACAGAAUGAGCUAAUCGCUGUCGAUGACUCCAAGAGUGACAGUGACACGAUGGAGGCCCAUGCCAUCAUCACACAGUGUGCCCCCAGAGAUGCCAAGUACCUACUGGAACACCUCAUGACCAUGACUCUCAGUCUGGGAGUGAAAGCGGAGCAGCAGUCUUCUCUGGCGCGGUCUCUCGAGGCCAGACUCAGGACCUCUGAGGACAACGCUGAGCUUAUGAAAUCCUUCAGCUCUCCACAGGUCUCUCAUCCGCUAAUGGCAGCCAGUAGAACGGUGACCAAGUCCAGAUCGGCUGGCGGUCGCGGUGUCGGAGUGCCUGUGGCUCUCGACUUUAGGUCUGAGAACUCAUCACAAGGGGGCCCUCCCAACAUGGAGAGGCCAAGCUGUACUCCACAAAUGGCGCCACACAACAUGCUCUGUAUCACCACUCAUAAGAUGAGGCGACGGACAUUUCUGCCGAGUGAGAUCAAUAUUGGUCCCAAGAAGAUGACCAGACCUUCUUCUGCCAAUGACAACUGUCUCCGCGAGGAAGCAGAAGAGCAUCAGACAGACGGCGAGGGGUCAGGGGCCAAAUCUCUCAGCAGUAACAACGGCAGAAGGCCCCUCAAGAAAUCCAGCAAGAUGUCGAUGUCAGUUCAAGACCUCACAGCGGACUCCUCCUCUUCCUCCUCCUCCUCUUCACAGACCUCCCUCUCCACCACUCCCUCCUCCCCCAACGCCCCUCGCCAGCUGGGGGCCAACGGGAAACCGUCCGUGUGGUCACGACUCACUAGAGCAGGCUCCACCAACCUACUCAAUGAUAACAGAGGCCAGCUGCAGGCGGAGAAGACGCGAGCAGUGACCCGCCACUCACGUGUACCCACACUGCCAGUGGCCACUCGGCCGGAGUUCUGUGUGUCUUUGCCACAGACAACCUCUUCUUUAGCGGCUCUCAAGGUCGAGACGGUGAAGAUGCUUUGGGACGCUGACCAGACGGGCGAGGGUCUGACAGCUUGACAACACUUUAGUUACGUCCGCUGCGUCCGCUACUGCAGUCGGAACCGGCUCAUCUUCACACGUCACAAAACACCGCCAGCCAGAUUUGGGAUCACAGAAACUUUAGAGGAAAAUGCAUCAAGACAUUUGGUCCACCUCACAGUAGUGGUCAUCCAGGUGGAGAUACGGUAGUUCAAGAUCUCCUCCUCUCCUCCUCUUCCAACACUCUCUUCUCUGCAGCUGGAAAUGUAGUCAACAUAUGGGACUUUCGCAAGUGAGCCUCUCUCCUCCACUGACACUCUGCUCACUGUCACGAGCUGGAAACAUUGCGGGGGGAAAGAAUUUCGCAGUUUAUUAGCCUUUCGCGAAGUCACAUGCACAGAAUGUUGCACAUGGAGUCAUUUGUAUGCAAGACUAGAAAUGUUAAAGGAAAUUCUACCACAACGCAUAAUUUUUUUGAUGUAUUGCCUGUUAUGGGACAAGCCACUUUUUCCCUUGGUUUAGUAAUUCUGUCUCUAUCUCUCUCCUCGACGUUGCGUACUAUCUCCCUCCCCUCACUCUCCCUCUCCCUCCUGCAAGGUUCUCCAACGUUGGUCGGCUGGUGGGUCACAACGGAGCAGUGUGUGCGCUGGCCACCAACCAAGAACAGGUCAUGACCGGUUCUCGAGACCGGCUCAUCAAGUUGUACGAGAUGGGCGCCGUCAAGGCCCAGCCCGAGCCUCUCCUUCCCAUAACAACUCUUCUCCUUCUCACUACCCAACAGUGACCCUAUAUCCUCCACACUACGACGCAGUCUCUUCGUUUGCCAUUCACAACAACCACCUCUUCAGUGCCUGCGGCUGUUCUUUCAAACAGUGGGACACGAGCGAAAAACAACUCAAACAGACGGUAGACGGAGCUCACUCUCAGGGGACGACCAUCACAUCACUGGGUGUCCUCUCCUCUCAUCUCUCUCCGCUGCUGGUCAGCGGCUGCAAGGGAGGACUCCUCAAACUGUGGAACCCUGAAACCUGCGCCAACAUCGGUACAUACGUCAUAGAUAAUAUACUGUGGUACAAGGGAAGACUCCUCAUACCUGCACUAAUGCCAGUACAUCAGUAGCCCUAUCCCAAUACUAGUGAACUCAAUAUGGAACCUGCACCAACAUACAUAGGUACUUACGUACCCCCAUCCAGUUGAUGAAAAUUUGUAAAAAAAAAAAAGUGUAAAAGUCAUACGAUAAUAAUAUGUGUAAACUUUGUGGUUUCAAUAUCCUCCCCCUCACACUCCAUCUCUCUCUCAUCAGGUGAGGUAUCGGCCCACAAGAAUGCCAUCAACAGUAUUGCAACCAGCGACACAUGUGUAUUCACUGCGUCCAGGUAAGUAUGCACACAACCAACCAGAUCAUACGAUACCAACAGCAGUCUCAGUUCCAGUGUCGGUAAUGGGUUUGUAGUAAAAAAAUAUCUAGUAUUAUACUCUCAUCAGACUAUGUGGGUGGACGUGAAAGUGUGUAUGCAUACCGAUGCUUUUCUAUAUAAUAUAGCCCCGUUUCAAACUGUUUUCCAUCUAAAUAUGCUCGAAGGAUGUGCUUUUUAAAAACUACUUCUUUUUAGCCCAACAAUAGUCAACCAAAACGAUAAGACGAUUCGUAUCUGGAAAUCACCUCCAGAGGUGUGACCUACCAGCACACACUCUAUAUACCACAAACCUCAGUCUCUCCGUCCCCAUUGAACUACGAACUUCAAAUCAUGAUCGUCACUAUUGUACUGCACUCUCCUCUCUCUCUCUCAUGUCUGCAGAUUGUUCAUGUUCAGUUCCGCUGUAUAGACCAUAGGACUCUUAAUCAAAUUCCUGUCACUGUCUGUAUCUAUCUAUAUUGCUCACUCUGGAUUGUCUGUUUUUGAUUGUAUUAUGUUCAUCAUUUCAUCAAUUCUCUGUUACUUGUUGUCCAGUCUUUUCUUCAAAAAUCUUGUAUAUAUUAUUAUUAACGCACAG